AUGAGCUCCGCUGCCAAACAGCUCUUUGAAGGUGUGGUAAAUGGACAGAAGCUAUCCAACGAGGAGUUCGAAGCACAGGAUAAAUUGAUCUGGAAAUAUUUGCAGAAUUAUAAUGAUAACCAUACGACCCUAUCCAAAGAAGGCUGUCGAUCAAAGAUAUCUGAGGAACCUCUGAUUAUAAUUCGGCUCUUGAUCAAAGUUAUCAAAGAACUCUGUAUGACAAGGAGCGGACAAAUGCUAGUACAUCAAAGUGGUCUUCUGGAAGUACUGUUACAAUUGUUACAUGAGACGGAUCGAAUGAUACUUCACUUUGUUUUGAUCGCUUUGAUUGCAUUGACCAAAAGAAUGACGUUAUGUAUUUUGAGGCACAUGCUGCAGAUGAAACACAUUCGAUGUCAUCUGCCCGCUGCUUCCGAUUAUAUUCCUUCUUUGCUGUCUCUCAUCAUCCAACCGAUAUCAUCAUCCGAAGUCGAGUCUCGAAUCAUUGUUUUCCAGACUCCCGGAAAUCUUGAAACCAAUCCAUCGGACACAGAGAUUUUGAACAAAUACAAAAAUAAAAACGCACGAGAUUUUUACCAAUUGGCCGAACGAAUUUGCGUUCGAUCUUUGCGAACCGUUUUCGGUCUGUCCCCUGCGGCUGUUUACGCUGCCUCGUGUGUGUCUCAACUGGCCACUCUGCCUGAUUUGGCAUUGCAAAUGCGAACGCACGGUGCGGUCCCGAUUCUGUUAAGUAGUUUGAGCCUGGAGGCAAAAUUCCCAGGUAUUCCAUACCACACGUGA